AUGCCCAAGUACUACGAAGAAAAAGAGGCCGACAAGCGCGCAUGCGCGGGCGUUCGCGAGGACCUCCUGGAUUGCUUGUGCAACUGUCCCUGCAUCCAGGAAGGGAAAAGUGUCAAAGACUGCUUAAGGGAAGGAUACUGCAGUGGUUUACGGGUUUCAUUUUUUGAAUGCAAAAGGUCACUGUUAGAUAGCAGAGCAAGAUUCAGAGGAAGAAAGGGAUACUGAAGCCACUCAUUAAGCAACAGCAAGCAUGAACAACCUUGGAUGCUCUGAUAUCUCCACGUUAAAAGACUGACCAAUUAUCUUAUUGGCCUUUCCC